AUGCCACGUCGUCAAAGUAAUGCUCCGUCGCAGCCACUUGUUGCCACGAUUGAUAUAGGUACAACUUCAGCAAGAGCUAUUUUGUUUAGUCAACAGGGUGUUGAAGUUGCCAAACAUCAAAUCGAAUAUUCCACCACCGCCUCUGAGGCUCCAGCGGAAUCCGAGAAUAAAGAGCAAUUUAGAAGAAGAUCGUCUCUUAUGAGACAUAAUCAGCCUAUUUUCACUGCUGAAGGUAUUGCUAUCUCCAUUACAGAUGAUAUUGAGAUUGAAAAUAAUGCUGCAAGUGUUGGUCCUACGUUGAGAUUCCCACAACCGGGAUGGGUUGAAUGUAUGCCAGUUCAUAUAUUGGCUAAUGCAGUUCAGUGUUUGGUGGCCUGUUUGAUUACUUUGAGAAAAAUCAAUCAAAACCCAGAGUUGAAAAUCAAGUACAAGGUCAAGGCUAUUGGUAUUGCUAACAUGAGAGAGACUACUAUUGUGUGGUCACGUAAGACCGGUAAACCUUUGAGUAAUGGUAUUACAUGGACCGAUACCAGAACUGCUGAGAUUGUUCUGCACUUGGAAAAGACAAUUGAUGAAGAAAGAAAAGAAGAAUUGAAACAAAAGACAGGGUUACCAUUAUCUACAUAUUUCUCGGCCGCCAAAUUGCGUUGGUUAAUUGAUAAUGACGAUACUAUAAAGGAAGAGUACGAGAAAGGUGAUGGUAACUUAAUGUUUGGUACUGUUGAUACGUGGUUGAUUUACCAUUGA